AUGAAUGUCGAUGAGCUCUUCAAGAAGCCAUCCUCCAGCGGAAGCGCCAAGCGCAAGUUUGAGCCCCUCUCAGAUCCCAACGAGGUGUACAAAUCAGCAAAGCUGGAGUUUGAUGGUGAUGUCAGAUCAAAUGGCAAGGCACCCAUGGUAGAGGAUGAGAUUGACGAUGGGGAAGCUGGACCCGAGCUUCCUCCAGACUUCGAGGAGGAUGUCCCGGACGAUGAGGAGGGACGCUUCUUCGGUGGUGGAAUGGAGCACAAGACAGCUCAGGCAAUGGAAUACAUCGAUGAAAACGAAGGCGAAGAGGCCGCGCCUGAGAACUUCGACUCCGCGUGGGUGCGUCGCUUCGCAUUGAACUUCGAACGAAAGAUCUCGAAAAAUGCUGAAUUACGAGCAAAAUUCGAAAGUGAUCCUCAAAAGUUCAUGGUUUCCGAGGCAGACCUCGACAGCGAGAUCAAGGGUUUAUCAAUCCUCGCUGAGCACACCGAUCUAUAUGAAGAGUUUGCGAAGAUGGGGUGUGUCGGAUCUUUGAUCUCUCUGCUGUCACAUGAAAAUGCCGAUAUUGCAAUCGACGUUAUUCAGAUUAUUGGUGAACUGACAGACGAAGACGUUGAAGUGGAGCAGGAGCAAUGGGAUGCUCUAGUCAACGCAAUGUUGGAAGCCGAUCUCAUUGAGCUGCUGACGCAGAACCUCUCCAGACUUGAUGAAGGGUCCGAAACCGACAGAGCGGGGGUAUACUAUGUGCUAAGUGUAUUGGAAAAUAUCGCCUCCCAGACAUCACAUGCUGAGACCAUUGCACUCGACGCUGCAAUCUUGCCGUGGAUCUUGUCACGAAUCCAAAAGAAAGAAGUGGUCGUGUCACAAAACAAACAGUACGCAGCAGAGGUCUUAGCGAUUCUGCUACAAUCAUCCUCAAAGAACCGUGGAAAGUUCGUUGAGCUCGACGGCAUCGAUACAAUCCUCCAAAUUCUCAGUUCUUACCGCAAACGCGAUCCAGCAAAAGACUCAGAUGAAGAAGAAUUUGCCGAAAACCUGUUUGACUCUCUCGUCUGCCUUGUCGAAGAAGACUCCGGGAAAAGCAAAUUUGUCGAGGCGGAGGGCAUUGAGCUCGCAUUGAUCAUGCUCAAGGAGGGCAAAUUCAGCAAACCUCGCGCUUUGAGAAUCCUGGAUCAUGCGUUGGGAGGGGUUGGUGGUGCCCCGGCAUGCGAAAGACUGGUUGAGGCAGCUGGUUUGAAGACUGUCUUCGGCAUGUUCUUGAAGAAGCAAGAGGGCGAAAAUAUUGAACAUUUCCUCGGAAUUUUUGCUUCCCUUCUCCGCCUCCUUCCCGGCGGCUCUGCGCCGCGCAUCCGAACAUUGGCCAAGUUCAUGGAAAAGGAUUAUGCCAGAAUCGAAAAGCUGAUUACUUUACGGCGCGAAUAUGCUGCACGUAUCGCGCCUGUCGAACAACUUAUCGUGAAGGAACGUAGGACAUUUGAUGAGGAGGAGCAAAGACUCAUGUCCGGAGAAUGGCUAUCCAGACGUCUCGACGCCGGUCUAUUCUCAUUACAGACUAUUGACGUGAUUCUGGCGUGGCUUCUUGCUGAAGAUGAUGGGGCAAAGAAGAAGAUCGUCUCGCUUCUUGCCGACCGCGAUGAGGAUUUGUCACUAAUUCGCGGAACAUUAAAAGGUAUGUCCCAUGGCAAAGUUCUCAAAUCUUCAAGUCUAACCAAAGUAGAACAACUCGAAGGACUUGGCGAGGAGGAACCGGGUCAUGAAGAUUUCAAGGACAUGCUCACCACCCUACUGCAAUUCUUGUAA